CCGCCCGAGCCGGCGCUCGCGCGCGCAGCGGGACCGUGGCCGGCGCCGGGAGGCCUCCCGCGACGCCCGCGCGCAGAGCCCGUCGUCGGGCGACGAGCCCGAGCCCAGCCCCGGCAAGGAGAACGCGGGCCUCCGCGGCGCGCCCCCCCGAGGCACCGCCCCCGCGCCCCGCGCCGCGCGCCCCCCGCGCCGCCGCCGCCGCGAGUCCAGCUCGCAGGAGGAGGAGGUCAUCGACGGCUUCGCCAUCGCCAGCUUCAGCACCCUGGAGGCCCUGGAGAAAGAUAUGGCCCUGAAGCCACAUGAGAGGAAGGAGAAGUGGGAACGUCGCCUGGUCAAGAAGCCCCGGGAGUCAGAAAACUGCCCCGCUGCGGAGCCCAGUGAGAACAGGUGGCCCCUGGAGGCCGGCAGCCCCGGGCAGGACCUGGAGCCCGCCUGCGAUGGAGCCAGGAAGGUCCUGCUGCAGGCCUCCAAGCAGAUGAAGGUCAUCGUGUCCAAAGGGGGCGACCGGGACAGUGAUGAUGACAGCAUCCUCGAAGCCACCAGCUCCCGGUGGAGCAGCUCCCGAGACCCACUCAGCGAUAGCUCUGCGCAGGCGGUCUCGGGGAGAGGCUACUCCUGCGACAGUGAGAGCGGCCCGGAUGACAAGGCAUCGGUGGGCUCCGAGAAGCUCUUUGCCCCAGAAACCGAUAGAGCCCCAGCGCUUCAGAAGUCGGAGGCCAAGGCCGGGGCGGUGCCCAAGGUGUCGGGCCUGGAGCGCAGCCGCGAGCUCAGCGCCGAGUGCUUCCUGCCCGCGGCCAGCCCCGCGCCCCCUGCCGCGCCCUGUGCAGGGCCCCCUCCCGGCGCCCGCGCCAGCCCCCUGGUGAAGAAGGAGCCCCCCGCCCCGCCCCGCCACACCCCGCAGCCGCUGCCCGCGCCCCCGCAGCCCCGCGGCCCGCUCCCGACACACGUGCCUGCGUCCCUGGGCGCCUUCGCGGGCCACGGCCUCGGCCAGGCGGCUGCCAGCGGCCUGCACAGCUUCAGCAGGAGCAGCAGCGUGGGCAGCAACGCCCAUCUGGGCCUGGGGAAGCACGUGUCGCUGUCACCACACGGGCCGGGCCCCCACCUGUCUACCUCACACCUGGCGCUCCGGUCCCAGGCGCAGAACCAGCACCACGCGGCCAUGUUCGCCGCGCCCCCGACACUGCCCCCGCCCCCGGCGCUGCCGGCCAGCAGCCUGGUCCUCCCAGGACACCCGGCCGAUGCCAGCCUGUCGGUCUCAUUCAGCCAGCCAAUCAUGUAUUGCCAGCCUCAUUCGGGGAUUCUGAUUGAUCACGAGCUGCUCAGGCAAGAGCUGAACACGCGGUUUCUGGUGCAGAGCGCCGAGCGGCCUGGCGCCUCCCUGGGCCCGGGGGCUCUGCUGCGGGCGGAGUUCCAUCAGCACCAGCACACACACCAGCACACGCACCAACACACACACCAGCACCAACACACAUUCGCCCCGUUCCCCGCGGGGCUGCCCCCGACGCCGCCCGCCGCACCCCCGCCGUUUGACAAGUACGCGCCCAAGCUGGACAGCCCCUACUUCCGACAUUCCAGCGUGAGUUUCUUCCCGUCCUUCCCUCCUGCCAUCCCGGGACUGCCCACCCUGCUCCCACACCCCGGCCCCUUCGGGUCCCUGCAGGGCGCUUUUCAGCCCAAGACUUCAAGCCCCAUUGAGGUGGCCGGCCGGGCUGGUGCGGUUCACACACUCCUGCAGAAAGCGCCUGGGGUGUCCGACCCGUACCGGGCGGUGGUCAGGAAGCCAGGGAGGUGGUGCGCCGUGCACGUGCAGAUCGCCUGGCAGAUCCACCGCCACCAGCAGAAGAUGAAGCAGAUGCAGCUGGACCCCCACAAGUUGGAGGUGGGUGCGAAGCUGGACCUGUUCGGCAGACCCUCCGCCCCGGGCGUGUUUGCUGGGUUCCACUACCCGCAGGACCUGGCUCGGCCCCUCUUCCCCAGCACAGGUGCCGCCCAUCCUGUCUCCAACCCAUUUGGACCCUCAGCCCAUCCCAGCAGCUUCCUGCCCACUGGCCCCCUGACAGACCCCUUCAGCAGACCAAGUACCUUCGGGGGCCUCGGGAGCCUGAGCAGCCACGCCUUUGGGGGCCUGGGCAGCCACGCACUGGCUCCCGGUGGCAGCAUCUUUGCCCCUAAGGAGGGCUCCUCUGUGCAUGGCCUGCCCAGCCCCCAUGACGCCUGGAACCGGCUGCACCGGGCCCCGCCUUCCUUCCCUGCACCACCCCCAUGGCCCAAGUCUGUGGAUGCUGAGCGAGUGUCAGCCCUGACCAACCAUGACCGAGAGCUGGACCACGGCAAGGAGGAGCAGGAACGGGACCUGCUGGAGAAGACGCGCCUGCUGAGCCGGGCCUCGCCCGCGACCCCCGCCGGCCACCCGGUCAGCGGCCUCCUGCUCCGCGUCCAGGGCGAGCCGGGCCGGGCCGGGGUCCCCGCGGAGCGCGAGGCCGAGCCUCGGGUCAAGGAGAGCCGCUCGCCCGCCAGGGAGGACGGUGCCAGGACGGCCGCGCGCGCCUCGCCCCGCGGCGACGUGAAGGUCAAGGAGGAGCGCGGGGAGGACGAGGCGCCUGAGCCCCCGGCGGGCGCCCCGCACCCCGCGCCCCCGCAGCUGGGCCUGGGCCGCGAGCGCCUGGGCGCGGGCUUGGCGUGGGAGCCGCCGCGCGAGCCCUUCCGUGGCCUGGAGCCGCCCCGCCGCGCCUUCCCCGCCGCGUUCGAGCCCCCGGAGCGCCCCUACCGCGAGCGCGAGCCGCACGACUGCAGCCCCGACCGCCCGCGGCCGCCCCCCGCCCUGGACGCCGCGCUGCCGCCCCCGCUGGGCGCCCUGCACUUCCCGCGCCUCGCGCCCGCCGCGCUGCACAACGGGCUCCUGGCGCGGACCCCGCCCGCCGCCGCCGCGCUCGGCGCGCCGCCCCCACUGGUGACCGCGGCCGGGCCCCCCACGCCCCCCGGGCCGCCGCGGAGCAGGACUACGCCGCUGGGGGGCCUCGGGCCGGGCGACGCUCGCGACUACUCGCCCUCCCGCAACCCCCCGGAGGUGGAGGCGCGGUAGUCCCGGCGAUCGAGAACUCGGGGUCCCGGCGAUGCGAUCGAGGACUCGGGCCCGCUCCGCCCGCGCCGCCACCCUCCGGGCAGAAGAGCCGUGUUUGUACCUUUCCCCAACAGAUGAGAAGUGUUUUUAAUGGAUUUGUAUUUUUCUUAAUUUUAUGCUCUUUAGACAUUUAAAGGAACCAAAAAAGAAACUUUGGCUUCUUUGUUUUCGGUUGGGAUUUGCAGUUCGAUGGCCUCAGCUCCUUCUCCGCGUCCCCAGGGUUUCUUUGUCUUAUUUAUGGAGAAAAACCGGUCACUUUGUCCAGCGCACUGUGAGGCCCCACUCAGGCCAGCCCUGGCCCCCUUGGUACUUGCAACCGAAGUUACAGAUCUAUAUUAAAAUAAUAAUAAUGUACAAAACUUUGUUUUUUGCCUUAUUCUAUUAUGCAGAAGUGUAAGAGGAUUUUUUGGUUUGUUUUUUAAAAAGCAAACGAAACGUGUAAAUAGUCUGUUGAUACAAAUGUAUGACGUUAUUAAAUUCUUAACCUAGAUAGACUUUAUAAAAACGGUUUCCAGAAACCCCUCUGGUCCUGGUUGUUUGUCUAACAAACAUGGUCACAAAAACCCAGGUGCUGCCAGUUGUAAACGUUCUCAGAAGCUAACUGGCAGCAGCUUUCCGUCAACUAUGCAAGUGCUCCUCAGCCGGCUGGCAGCUCUGUUGGUGGCGGAGGAAUCUUCCUCCUGCGACCUCCCAGCCCCUGGGUCCGUGGAGGGGUAGGGUCCCCCCAGCAGGGCCCCUGGGCCAGGAGAGCAGCACUCCUGGGUGGCUCGUGUGGGCUUCAGGACUGGCUGGCUCCAGCUGCAAGGGCGAUUCUGUGGAAGUUUGUGUGGAUGGUGCGGUGUUCUCAAAAUCUGUAGACCAGACUCAUGGCGAUUUAGAAGCGCAAGAGUGUAAAGGCUGAUUACAAAAAAAAAAAACAAAAAAACUUGCUGUUGUGUUUUCUCCCAUCUGAGGCGUCAGCGUCGCCUCUGCGCGGUCCCAGCCUCCCAGGCCCCUGGCCUGGCCUCCUCUCAGUUUGGGUUUUGCCCUCACCCACAUGAGCCCCCCAUGUCCUGCCCUCCCUCCCCAAGGCCUUCUGUGUUCCCUGCGUCGGGGUGGUGUCCCUGCUGGCGUUCCCAGCACCCCGGGUCAGCCUCUGGGCCACUUGCUUUGUUCAGUUCUGUUUCAGCCACGUUUCCACAGUGGACCCUGCUUGUUUUAUUCUGUCCCCAUGUCAAUCAGUGACUAUAUAAAUACAGCCUUCAUUUGGAUGAAA